GCAUCUGUCAGCUGCAUAGCUACUCAUGGUCACUCAGUCUGGGGGCGGAACCGAUCUGGUAAAUGGAAGUUCAAGGAAAAGAUUGAAACAGCAGCGACCUUGAAAUACCUAGAGGAAGAUGGAGGAGAAGAAAUCUAAGCGACGUUGGUUUAUUCUCCUUGGAGCACAUAUAUCUAUGUUGGUAUAUGGGGCAACCUACCGAUCAUUUGGUGUGUUUCUGGUAGAGUGGAGGAGGUAUUUUGAUUCCUCUGUAGCUGAGAUAAGUGCCAUUGCCAGUGUUCUUGCUGCUUCUCACCUCCUGUCAGGUUUCUUUGCUGGCCCAUUCAUGACGAGAUGGGGCUGUCACAACACUCUUCUCAUUGGUGCAGCCUUUUCUAUCACUGGUACUAUAUGUAGUGUCUUCGCUGAUUCACCAAUCAUCUUGUGCUUUACAUCAGGGUUUCUUCCAGGUUUUGGAGUGGGGCUCAUCAAGAAUGCAGCUCAGGUGGUAGUGGCCCACCACUUCAAAAAGGGUUAUUCUCGUGCCAAUGGCUUUGUAAGUGCUGGUGUAGCCUUAGGAAUCAUGACUGUCCCUCCUCUUAUGCAAUUGUGUAUUGAUCAGUACAGUUGGAGGGGUGCUCUUCUCAUCUCCGCUGGUAUACAGGCUCAGGUCAUUCCAGCUGCUUUGGUAGCUAGACCACGUCCCAGAAAGAAAUCUGGAGUUCCGGCAAAGAAAAAGCUUGAAGCGGAAACUAAAGGUGAUGCAGCAGAGAUGGAACCACUUAGUGAGAGUUUGAGGACCAAAGAUCAUUCUUCACAGGGAGACCAGAUUGAGGAUGGGCAGUCUGCAGAAUGUAUUCAGAAUGACCCAACUGCAUUUGAGUCAUUGGGUGAAACGACUGUUGUAGAUUCAGAUUCUACAUCAAAACAGACAUACACUGCUUCUGGAGCGACUGAGUCAAUGUCUGACUCAAGCAAGGCUGAACCCAACUCAAAACCUGAUCAAGUGGACAAUGGAGACAUCAAUAACUCAGGUGAACAUUCAGCCGAGACAAACAUUCAGGAAAAAAGAACUAGUAAAUGUUCAUUGGUCAGGCGAUUUUUCAGAUCGUCUGGAUGGCCCCUCUUUGGAGAGAGCAUUGGGUUUACACUCUUUCAGAUAUGUCAAGUGACUAUUGGUGUGUGCUAUACUGCCAUCAUGACACACUUUGUUGCCAGUGCAGUGUACUCUGGUAUUGAAGAACAGCUGGCAUCGUUUCUUCUUUCUGCUCUGGGCAUAGGGAGUCUGAUUGCCCGUCUCUGUAAUGGAUGGGUCAUUGAUCUAAAGCUCAUAUCUCCAGAGCACCUUUACUCCAUCGCUAUGGCUAUCCUUGGCAUUAGUACAAUCCUCAGCCGAGCAUCACAGGUUUAUGGCUGGUAUAUCUUCAUAGCAUUUUUGUUUGGAGCUUCGACUGGUCUUCUGAAAGCUCUUGUUCCUGUGGUUCUUAAGAAGUUUGUUGGAGUUGAGAAUCUAGCACCUGGUAUGGGCAUAUUCACCAUCUUUACUGGAGUAGGCGACUUCAUUGGACCUAUCUUUGCAGGUGCUCUUUACGAUGCUAAGGAAACAUAUGAUCUACCUUUCUACGUAGCUGGUUCGCUUCUUACUGUGUCAUCCUGUAUUCUCUUAUUCGAACAUCCUCUCAGACGAUGUAGGCAGAGGUAUCAAGGUUUGAAGUCGUACGAAACGCAAGAUGAGUCAGCAGUGUAAAUUUGACUUCAUUCUAACUUCUGUUCUAAUAGUCAUGUCCGUGGCCUUUUUUUCCCGGGGGGGGGGGGGUGGGGGCCACUUCCAUUGACGAGUGGAUACCAUGCGUGACCCAAGAAACAUGUAAAAAGGAUGUCUUUUUCAAGAUAGGGCACGUGACGUACGUGACGUAGUAAGGGUGUCAAUAACACUAAAAUAAUGAAAAAAGGGUAUAUAUUUCACUAGGAAAACUACAUGUUUAUGGUCCAAUUUGCGAGGGUAUAAAAAGACUAAAAUACUUUAUAAAGGAUGUACUUUUUGCCCCAACACUACGUGUUUAGAGCUGAUUUAAACGAGGUGUGUGGGGUGGUACUAAAUCCAAUGAAAGUAAAGGUAAAGCCAACGUCCGUGACAUAACAAUUAAGAUAUAUCGUUGUACUUGUUUAGGGGUCAAUUCAGGGAAUACUUGUCAAGGGUAAUGUUUUUGUUUCCAGUACUUGUUAAGCGUAGGGUUUCACACGCCAAUACCUGUUAAGGGGUGCAUUCUCAGAACAUGGAAAAUACUUGUUUAGGGUGCUUUUCAAAACCCCAUGGUCAUGCAUGGUAUCCACUCAUCAAUGGAAGUGCCCCCCCCCCCCCCAUCCCCCAGUCUUUUUUCAUAAAAUGAUAAUUGCUACAAUUCUGGGACACGUAUGUGAUCAGCCACUCCAAAACCAACAAUGGAUGAUUUCAAGUCCGGUGUUGGGCUUGGUGUUGGUGUCGAAAUUUGGAUUGCUUCCCCUAGCUCCAAAAUCUAUUCUGAGUUUGUAAAACUGAUCCAGAUCACAUUAUUGACGUCUCAACAACUAGUGAGUGACUUUUUGGGACCAUCUUCAUUUUAUGUUUGGUGUUAUAAUCGUGUAAACAUUGACCUAACACCAACACCAAAAGGUCAACACUGAACUUGAAAUCACCCAAUAGGUCACCAAGAAAGGUUCUGUGUGAAAAGUCUAAAUAGUAAUGUGGUCUUCAAAAGGUGAAACCUUGAAAUUUAAAUUGUUUGAAAGAAUAAUUCUUCUAUCCCAUACUGUCAAAAUUUCAUGUUUUAAAGUUAGAUAAGAAGCAGAUACACAAGUUUCUCUGACAGUAAUCAUUUCUGAACUGUUUGGAACACUGAGAUUUUGCUCGAAAUUCAAAACGGUCUUCACUCCUUAUUCUUUGUAGCUCUCUGAAUUUCUUCUAAAUUCAAUAAAGUACUUGUAUGGGUUACUUCUUAAUCAAUUUUGCCAAGUUAUAUAUCAUUUUAAAGCUUAUGAUGUGCUCUUAGUUUGAAGCUCAAUGAAAAUCUAAAAAUUCUUAGGUAACUUUAAUAUUGUUGUUUUUGCAAAAAAAAACAUGUAUUGUCAGCAGGGCAAGUGACCUGAAUUCAGCAACUGUUAUUGAAAAGAAACUUUGUCAAUCAGGGCCAUGGUGUACUCUUAGGGGUCAACCUGGAUAUUAUGCAUUGUGAAUGAUUCAUUAUCCAUGGUAUCAAGCAUACAUCAUGGAUAUCUCUGUUUCUUUGUUUCUUGAAGAAGCUCCCAUAGGAACUUGGCAUCGCAGCCGCCCGUUGCAUACCACCGUGCCAGUUCAACCAUUUUCAUAAGAGACAUUUUAUAUCUAAGUUAAUAUUAAGUCAUAGUGGCUGACUUAGAGAUGACAGAGAUUUACUCUCGGGCCAUUUUGGUUAAAGUGAAGAUAAUGGCGUAGUGGGGAUUUGAACUCACAUCCUCACAAUCAUGAGUCCAAUGCUCUAUCCACUAGACCGCACAACAUUAUGAGGUUCUAACGACAAGUUUCAAUGAAAAUAAUGGCCUUCGAUGAUAGUCCCCUAAUAGCCAUAAUUAGUACUAGCCAUAAUAUACCAUUACAACAGUAACUGUUUUUUUCAGCAAGCUAUGCAAUGUACAUUACAUAACAUACAUGUAUUGGUUAAGUGCUAACAUAUUCAUAAUUCAUACUCUACAAUUCUUACAUGUCUUAGGGGGUGUUGCAAGAAAAUGUUAGUAGCAAUCAAUUACCAAAUUUACUUUUAAUACUAGUUGCAAGUAGCAGACCAGGGGCCUGUCUUACAAAGAGUUGCGAGUUGAGUUUUGGAAAUUUUCCUGUAGAAACAAUUAUGACAAUGAUAGAUUUCCAUAGAGUUACGAUUGAUUGAUUGAAUCAAUCACAACUCUUUGUAAGACAGGGCCCAGCAACCAAGUGUGGAUUUGCAAUCAAUUGCCAGAUUUGUUGACUGAUUUUUUUUUAACCUAAACUUGACUUGCAAUUGAUUGCAGCUUUCAUGCAAUGCCGCAUUAGAUAGACUUUUUUCAAACCUUCAUGAAAAUAAGAUUCUCUUUUUUUUGCUUUUUUUUGCUUUCCCUUAGACCAAAUUGUUAUCAGGGUAAACUUCCCUUUUAAAGUGCAAUUGUCUGUAAGAUUUCUGCAUUUUUAUUAUACACUUGCAACAUGAUUGAGGAGACUCUUUGGCUGUCCAGAGGAAAAUUGGGGAAAACCCUAAUGACAUCAUCCUGAGCAUCACUGGUGAUUUCCUUAAGGCCAUUCUUCAAAGGGAUUUACCUUGGAUAGAUCUCUGGCUUUUUCAAAUUUCACACAUUGUAUUUCUUUAUAUUUGUGGCAUGUGUAAUCUUUAGCUAUUUUAUUCCUAUUUUGCUGCUGUAUGUACAUGUAUUUUUCUUUUUAUGCAAUGUGAAAUGAAAUUAAAUGAAAGUGAGUUGAUUGGUAUAUCAUAAGAAAAACCAUUUGUUAAAAGGUGUGUAAUUAGUUGGAUAUACAAUUGGGCCAUGACUGUUGGCUAUACCAUCAAUUUCUGCAUGUUUGAUUAAGCACAAACUCCUAAAAGCCAUAAGGUGUUCAUGGGUGAUGAAAUCGAGAGAUCUAUAUGUACUAAAAAGCGAAGAUCCCCUAUUUUAUUAACCCUUUUGUAUGUGUACUUUGCACCGAUGCACAUUCGGUGCCGAGCAAACUUGGCAUUUCACACUCGAACAACCCAAUGUUUCCCUCCCUGUAAAUAAUUCAGCACACAGGGGUUCAUGGCCCAGAGAACAAAGAGUUAAACAAUGAGAAAACAGGAAAAAUGUAAAAUUAUUUUUGUAUGUAUCAAUCAGAAUAUUGACAGUACUAUUUCACUGUUGUGGCAUUAAUCUGUUUAUCUGGUGACUUGUGCAUGUACAGGUACUUCUACCACAGUGCAAUAUACAAGUAUUUUAAUUUUGUGAAAUUUUAAAUCAUUGUGAAAUUAUAGUGCCUUUUCCAGAAGAUACAAAGUGCUGUUUAGGAAUUGAGAUUUAUUGUGCAUCAAGUAUACUUUCAGGUGCUUACGCAAUUGUUCGUAAUAGCAUGGAGCUAUCAGCUCCAUGGUAGUAGUAGUUUCCUGCUAAUUUGUCAGGAGAUUGUAUCUCAUGGAUAUUUCCAGAUCAUGUUAGUCUACCUGAAGUUUCUCUCUAUUCAAUACCCAAGAAGUUUGACAUGCAUUUGGUGCCAAAAGUGAACUGGUAAGUUUGAUACUAGUUGAGCUACCCUCGAGAUGUUCUAAGUUGAUCCAUAUUAAACAGUUAGUGCAAAUUAUU